GCCACUUCUUCCCCACAAAGCCAAGAAGGCUACAGAGGCGAUCUGACCUCUCUUUAGUUCAAGAAGCAUUUAGCAGCUACACAUCAGGUGCUAAGUAGACUGCUAGCUACUGGAAAUAGAAAAACAAAACACUCUCUGACAUCGAGGAGUUUAUGUUCUGUUGGGAUAAAGGAGGUACAAUGUGUACACAUGGGAGUCUGAGGAGGGAGAGAACACUGAUGACUGGGAGAUCUGGCAAAGGUUUUCCCUUGGUGGCAUUUGAACUCACUUACUUGAAGGAAACAAAGUAUUUCAAGAGGCAGCUAGUUGGUACAGUGGUGGAUGGAAUGCCAGACCAGGCUUCAGGUAGAUGACAAGUUCAAAUCUGUCCUCAGACCUUUCAAGGUAUGUGACCUUGGACAAGUCACUUAACUCCUGUGUCUCAAUCUCCCCAUAUAUAAAUAUAUAAAAUGAGCUGGAAAAGGAAAUGGCAAACCAUUCCAGCAUCUUUUACAAGAAGGCCUCAGAUGGCAUCAUGAAGAGUCAGACAUGACUGAAACAACUGACCAACAACAGCAAAAAUAUCCCAUGAGGAAUGGUCAUUGUAAGCAAAAUCCUGAAGAAAGGGGAAUGAAUUCUGAGAUGCAAGAACAUUUAAUUGCCUAAUUUGAUUAGAAUGUCAAGUGUAUAAUAUGAACACCAGUUUGGCAAGGGAAGCCAGCUCGUCAUGGAUUUUAAAGGUCAGGCUAAGGAAUUUUCAUUUAUUACCAGAGAGGAGAGAAAGCUACUAACAACCAAAAAUCCCCUUUCCUUUCUGUCUUGGAAUGACUACUAAAUAUUGGUUGCAAAUCAGAAGAUUUUGGUAAGGACUCUGCAACUGGAGUUAAGUGACUUGCCCAGGGUCACAUAGCUGACACAGAAUCCUGGUGUAGGACUCUUUAGAAGAAGUGAUUGAAAAGUUGUAUUAUGUGUUGAAAAGAUAAUUUAAAGGUAAAUAGUUGCAGUGUAGAUCUCAUUCACUGUUAAGCUUUCAGAGGCAGCAUGGUAUAGUGGGUUAGAGAACAGGACUCAAGGGUCAAGAGACCAUGGGUAGCUUUGGAAAGCCAGGUCCAGAGAUGGGAGGUUCAAAUCUGGCCCUCAACUUCCCAGCUGUAUGACCCUGGGCAAGUCACUUCACCCCAGUUUCUUAGCCCUUGUCUCUAUUCUGCCUUGGAAGUGGCACUUUAUUUAAGUACCACUUCUAAUUCUAAGUAGCAAUUCUAAGAGAGAAGAAAAGGGCUUUUGAAAAAAGAGACAUGAAGAGCAGGGUUUGAUUCCCACCUGGGUGACCUACUGGUUAUAUGAUCCUGGGCAAAUCAUUUCAUAGUCCCCAGUAAUGGUAGUGUGAGGCUAUACGUUUCAGAGAAGAUGCUGCUCUGUAUUAGUCAAGACAAAUCUGCCCCCUCCUCUGCUCCAGCUCCUGAGAUCAAUAAAAUGGCAGGUCUGGCCUCCCACUUUUUUGACAAUAAGUUAGAACUCUACAAAGAAAUGGAUGACUUUGCAGAGCAUUCAUGGUGCCUUCUCACUGAAGCUGUCUUUGGCAUGCCUACGUUUGCUAGAUCCUUCACAGUUACCUCCAAUGUGUCCUUUCCCAGGCCCAUACAGAAUGGGACAGCAACCGAAUUCCUGUGUGGCCACUGGAAAACUCCCACCACCCCUAGCCUGGACAGGAUGAAGAUUUACUGGGAGCUGAGCAAUCAGACCCAAGGUAUCACCAGGCUGGGUGCCUAUACCCUGGACAAUAAGAGCCUCUAUCUCGAUGGAUACAGCUAUCAGAUGAAUCUUUCCUCCUCCACAAGUGCUGGAGGUCCCAACUUUGAGCCUUUCACACUGAAGUUCACCAUCACCAACAUGAGGUACACAGCAGACAUGGGGGAAAGGGGCUCCAGCAUAUUCAUCUCCACUGAGAGAGUGCUGCAGCGCCUGCUCAGUUCCUUGUUUGAAAAGAGCAGCCUUGGCUCUCAGGAUUUUGCAAGCAAAUUGACCUUACUGAGGCCUAUGAAGGAGGGAAGAGCAACCCUAGUUCAUUUCACUUGCAUCCAUCGGAGAGAUCCUGCCAGCCCUGUCCUAGAUAGAGAAAAAAUUUACUGCGAGUUGAGCUAUCUGACCUGGAGCAUCACCAGGCUGGGCCCCUACACAUUAGAGAAGGAUAGCCUCUACCUCAAUGGUUACAAUCAUUUGGCCGUGGCCCCCACCAAAAUGCCACCAGACCCAGCAGUAGCACCUGGUUGUCCCCUGUGGGCCACAGAGCCUGGAGGCUCCCAAGCUGCUAGUUUAAGCUUCCAGGCUUUCACCACCAUUCCCGAGGUGCUGUACACAGAAGAUAUACAUCUUUCUGGAUCUGACAAGUUCAACUUCACCAAAAGAACCCUGCAGCAACCUUUGAAGAAUGGCUCAGAAACUGGAGUGAGUUGCCUGUACACACACAAGAGAAACCAAAGAAGCUCAUUCAGAGACCAAGAGAAGGUUUAUUGGGAUGCAAAAAGAGCAUUUCACUAAGCUGGGCUUUUCCUCCUCCCUUGAAAGAGACAGUCUACUCAAUGAUGAGGAGCACAACAGAAUCCCCAGCCUUUUCCUCUAUCCUCAUGCUACUUUCCCCUCCUCCUGCUAAAUUUCCAUUCUGAUUCUGACCUUAAUAUUCUCUCAAAGAAUCAUUACUUCUCAAUACCCUUUUAUUACACCAAACACAGAAAAUAAACCCUACCCCUAUCUA